AUACCACAUGCAAUUUGGUUCUCCAUAUCUCUACGUAUCACGUUGUGCCUUUUUUAUUAUCUCGAAUCUCAUUAUUGACAUGGCUCCUGUGGCCCCUACUCGCAAGGCACCCAGCGGCCGAGGCGCCAUACCUUCGGUCAACCAUGGCCUCUUUCCAGAUGAAUUUCGGACGACCAAGAAAGACAAGCGCUUGAUAAAACACUCAGUCUUCGUCAAUAAGGUAGCGAAAUCUCAACUGAAAUCACCCAAGCGACGACGACCGUCGAAAAAGCUGGUCACCAGCCUCGAUUCUCUCGCCGAUGCAUUACCCGAUGCCGACGACGAAGUCACCUCAGACAUUGCCAAUCAAGCGAAUAUUAUCAGACACAAGACAUUGAAACAUCGCCCGGGAGCUAUGAAGAGAAAAGAGAAGAUGGAAAAGUUGGAGCGUAACAGGUUUAUCCAAAAUAUGGCACAGAUGAGUGCUAUUGAACAAGCUGCAUCAAACGCACAGCAGCAGCCCGAAAACCAAUUCACGAGUACUGGAUCUAAUUCCACGUCGAAUAGAUGGGCAGCUCUCCGAGGAUUCAUCUCUCAGACUAUGGAGCAUCAACCUGCCUUCAAGAACGGAAAAUGAAAUCUGGGUCACGUGCCUUGAGUAUUGAAGUAUGUUAUAUUUGACAUCAACACUGGAGACUUAAAUCCGAUCUCAGCCACUGGCCCCCGGUUGCUCUGAUUCUCCCUGGACGACACAAGAGACCCGGAAUGUGUGAAGGAUACUUGCCUCUUGGAUAGACCUAACGGCAAUCUCAUCUCUCAGUGUUAGGCCAGUCAUCAUUACGAGGCAGAGAUAUCGUCAUUAAGACCAACUCUGGCCAGAUGGAAUUCGCACAGAUACCCAUCAGUUGUGAAUAAUGAGUUGACUUCAUGCUAUGAUGUACGGGAUUGCUUAGUACUCUCCAACGUUGUUCACCUCGCUUCAGCCGGACUGGUCGGAUAUGGUAUUGUGUAAAUAAGGAACAGAGCGGCCACGAGAUCCAUUCAUUUACAAUCAAUCCCAGCAAUUUAAUUUUGCAUUUCAGGCAUAGAUAACACAGGAAUAUAUAUUGUUCU